AAGAAAAUCAACACAACAUAACACACAGCACGCACAGAAGUCUCACUCUCACCUUGUCUCUCCGCUGGACCGCCGUCCGCCGACCAAUCCGCCUCGCUGCCACCUUCUGUCGGAGCUCUCCCUCUCUAAAAGGUUGAUUUGAAGGUAGAAAUAAUUUCGGAUACCGGAUCAAACUAUCAUCACUAGCUUCAGAUAGCUACUACGUAGAUUUUGUAGAGUAAAUAAAGAUCUUCUAGAUUCAGUCGCAUAGAAGCAACUACAUAGAUGCUACUAGCCUCACGGUGAACAUGGUUUUCUCCACAUCAACCACAACACUACCUUCGUUUACGCUAUCCAGCAAGCCAACACAAAGAAAACCACAUCACCGAUGUCUCUUAGGACUAAACUCAAACACCUUACCUGCAUCCGCACCUUCUCACACAUAUCCACUCCCCACCACCACCAGCAGCAGCACCGUCGCCGCCGUCAUCAACAACCACCCAAACAAGACCCACACUCUCUUCUCAAAGAAGACCCAAUUCAGGUUCUCUCCGAUUUAUGGGUCCGAACCUUCUCAAACCGCAACCAAACCCACUUCUCAAACCUCACCGGUUUCAUCUCCAAACUCGAUCUUUGGGUCUUAGCCUACCAACGGACGUGCGCCCACUUCACCGGCUCUUUCCCGGCCCGCCACGCUGUUCAAUCGCACGUGUUGAACAACCUCUUGUCUCUCCGAAACGCUGUCGUACGGGGUCAAUUUCAGUGGAACAUGAAAACACAACCCUAUAUUCAAAACCCUAAUGACAAAAUCCCAUUUUCGAAACUCUCGAGUCGAAAGCGUUUGAUGAUUUUGAAUGAAAAGGAACCUCCGUUUCAAGAUUUUGUGGUUCAAGAAUUGUUGUUGAUGAUUCUUGAGCCGGUGUUUGAGCCGAGAUUUUCGCGCAAAUCGCACGCGUUUCGACCGCGAAGGAAUGCACAUACGGUGAUUCGAACAAUUAGGAGUAAUUUUGCUGGGUAUGUGUGGUUCUUGAAAGGGGAUUUGACCCAAGUAUUUGAUAAACUGGACGUGAAUUUGAUGGUUGAAUAUGUUGAAAAAGGCGUGACGGAUCCGAAAGUUUUGAUCUUGAUCAAAUCCGGGUUGAAAGCGGUAUCGAAAACCGGGCAUGUUAGUGAUGAAAAGAUUACGAGGAAACGAAAGAAGAAAAAGGGUUUGAAAAGGAAGAAAGUUCUUGAUGAAGAUGAGGCUAAACCGGACCCUUAUUGGUUAAGAACAUUUUACGAUUUUGCACCUGUGGAAGCUGCUAAGGUACCCAAUUACGGUUAUUGCGGGAUUUUGAGUCCUUUACUUGCUAAUAUUUAUCUUAACGAGUUAGAUCACAUGAUGGAGGAGAAAGUUAUUGGAUUUUUUCAUUCGUAUCCGUCCGAUGAUAAUUUGAUUGAUGAUUGUGGUAUCCGUACUCCAUCAUGGCCCGAGUUUGUUCGAGGGGGUGCAAAAGAUAAACCAAAAAAGAUGGAUUAUAUUCGUUACGGGGGUCAUUUCUUGAUUGGGGUUAGAGGGUCAAGAAAGGAUGCGGUGGAAAUUAGGGAUUCGAUAAUCGAGUUUUGUGCGAAUAAAUACGCACUAAAGUUGGACGAAUCGAAGGUGGAGAUUGAACAUGUAACCAGAGGGGUUCAGUUUUUGGAUCAUGUAAUAUGUCAAAGAGUAAUUUAUCCAAAAAUUCGGUUUGCGUCAAAUGGCGGUCAUAUCGUGACUCAAAAAAGCGUGGGGAGUUUGCUUUCGGUUACCGCGAGUUUGCAGCAAUGUAUACGCCAGUUUAGACGGCUUAAGUUUGUUAAGGGUGAUAAAGAUCCCGAGCCGUUACCCUGUACUCCAAUGCUUUAUUGCGGUCAAGCGCAAACAAAUGCGCAAAUGAACAAGUUUCUUGAAACAAUGGCGGAUUGGUAUCAAUAUGCCGAUAAUAGAAAGAAGGUUGUCGGUUUCUGUGCAUACAUUAUUCGAAGCUCCGUGGCUAAACUAUACGCCGCUAGGUAUAAGAUGAAGUCAAGAGCGAAGGUGUAUAAGAAAGCAUCGCGCGAUCUCAGCCGUCCGCUUCGGCAGAGUAUGGACAAUCGGACUCCGGAGUAUGCGGAUUUGUUAAGAUUAGGUCUUGCUGAUGCGAUUGAAGGAGUUAGAUUUUCGCAUAUGUCUAUGAUCCCGUCGUGCGAUUACACCCCGUUUCCUAGGAUGUGGGUCCCGGAUCAUGAACGGGUGUUGCUUGAUUAUAUCAAAUUGCAGGAUUUGAAAUUCUUUUGUGAGCUACAAAGAUCGGUGAAAGACGGAAGUCUCUGUUCGCCUCAAGACAUGUUAGGUGAGAUUGUAUGGGACUACAAAACUCUUGGAGCGCGAAAUCUAGGGUUUCAAAGAGGAAAACGAAAUCUAGAGUUUUAAAGUGUAUAUCUAUACUACCUUAUGAAUCAUCUGUUGUGGGUAGUAUGGUAAUUUCAGCCGUAAUUUUAAUACGCUAUUCCGCUUCAACCAUCGUUCACCUCCUUCAACGCGAUUGAAUGCAAACAUGAGUGUACUACCAGCGUCGCUGUCCGGAACGGCAAGAAAGCUUUGUUUUUGAGAUGUUAUGCUCUCUGUCCGCACAUUCAAGUUUGGAUGAUUCCACGGGGCCUUGGUUUGGGUCGAAGCAAUCGAAAUAUUAGUGGGCUUUGGAUCAUUAUUAUGAAAUGAAGACAAUGGCCCUGUUUUUCGUCGUUUUUGCUUUCAGAUUCUGGAGAUUCAGUUGCAUAAAAAAGAGGUAUGCGCGUUCAUAGCUUAUAAGUUUCUGCUUCUGUUUGACGUAUAGCAAAAGCUGUAGCCCCACACCAAGCUCAGUCGAAGCAUCGUUCGGUAGUCUUUUUGAUGCAUAUUUUUUGGCCAGCAUACACAAGAUAUGAAAAUAUAGACGAUCAGUUUUUUGCUUACUACACUUAAAUAUGUACCCAACCAACUGUUUGAUGGCAAUUCUCCUGUUAACUACUACUUAUAUGUACUACCAACUGUAUGGUAACAACAAACGUUUUAGAGUUAAAUGCUUGGUUGGUC